AUGGUAUCUGAUUCGUACUAUCGAAGUCUAAUCGAAGCUGUGCGUCAGCUACCGGUACUUUACGACCGAGCACAUCCGGAUUUCCGAAAUGUACGAAAACGCAAUGAGGCGUGGAAACUUGUUAGUGAGACAUUAUUCAAGCGUGGCUUUUCCCCAAAUGAAGUGUCGGUAACAAAAUCAAGAGAUCGAUGGAAAAGCCUGGUACAGCGUUAUCGAACCUCAGGACAGUUUGGGCCAGCAUUUAUGUUUACUGCGGAAAUGCAAUUUCUCGAUGAAUUCCUCAAUGCCGUACCGCCACAACCAGCAGAGGCAAAUUCUCUUCUUGGAAAUAUGAAGAAAGAGGAUAGCGAGUGGGAAUUUCCGGCUUUAUUUGGUAAUGCCAAUCAAACUGAUAAUAAUAUGUCAUUAUUUGCAAAUAUGGAUUCACCUGGAGGUUCCUCAUCACCUUAUGCGCAACAGCAAAAUGAUAUUAAUGCAGUUGAUGGUACCGGUACUGACGAUGGAUUGCUAAAUGGAAAUUGCAAUUUCUCUAAUGGAAAUGGUGCCUCAUCUGCACAUUGUGUUCCCAUAUCAAUUUCUUCACUGUCUGUAAAGGAUCUCAUGGCACGGAAGCGACCACGUCAAAAUGUUGCGGAUGGUCCGACAGCAUUAGAGAAAAGAAUUGCAAGCAGUUUGGAAACUAUUCAAGAAUUCAUCAGUAAUGCAUUUCAAAAGCAAAAAGAGCAAGAAACGGAGAAAGAAAAAAGCCCAAAUGCUGCUUUGUUUCAAUGUAUUGAUCAUCUCACCGCUGAUAUGUCACCCAAGGAACAUCAGGAAGCAUUGCGUGAAAUCAAACGGUCUUGUGUGAGCAUUUGUGCCAGGAUUAUGUCGGAAACACAGCCAUAG